AUGGCAGGCGAAAAGACAGGAGCGACCAACACCGACCUGCCCGACCUGCCCGACUCGCCCGACCCGACGCCCCCGAGACAGCGACAGCGCGUGGACCUGGAAAGACCGCAUAAGAUACGCAAGACCCACGGCGAUAUCCACGGCGAUAUCCACGGCAGUACCCACGGCCACGUGGAGAGGCUGCGUGCAUCGCACGACUUCCGCGAGGAUACCCGCGAGGCUGCAACAUCAUCAGAGGCUGCGAUAAGCAACGAGGACGGAAAUCGCAGCCGCAUCCCGAGCAGCGAGGACCUGGAUCUGGAUCCGGACCUGGACAGCCUGGACCAAGACCAGAGCCACCGCAAGGGCGAAGGCGUCCCGACCACGACGCCGCGCAAGCGGACCAGAGACAUGGACCAAAAGAUAUCAUGUGAGCUCUGCAAGACACGCAAGGUCAAGUGUGAUCGUGCCGAACCCGCUUGCUCCUGGUGUGCGCGUCACAACCGCCAGUGCGUCUACCUGAAACGGCAGACACCGGGCAGCCGCACGCGCAUCAACGCCGAACUCGAGGCCAAGGUCAACCGCAUCGACAGCUUGCUGCGGGCGCUCGGCCGGCGCGUCGAAGAGCACAUCUCGCAAGACCAUGCCGCCGAUUUUGAGCGGCGGAGCGCAGCCGCUGGUUCGGGGCGUGGCGCCCCCGGCAGCAGCAACGACGAUGGCGUCUCACCCUCGUUGGGAUCGCCGACGGCCGCCGGCAGCAGCAUCUUCCGCGGCGGCGACGACGACGCGCACUCCAACGCCAACUCGGGCACGCCCAAUGCCUCGACGGGGAACAGCAACAGCAACGGCAACAGCAACGGCAACAACAACAACAAUCAGACGCCAGGGGCCGUGGCACUGCCGCCGCCCAUGACAUCAUCCGGCAUGAGCAUGAUCUGGCAGAGCGGCGGCGCUGACUACGACGACGACGCAUCGACCCUGGCUGGCGGAGGCCUUCAGCCAUACCAGAGCCAGCACCGCUAUGCACCACCAUCCACGCCCUUCCGUACUCCGAAACCGCCGACGGCCGAACUGCCGCCCAACGACAUGCUGUACACGCUCGUCGACCUCUUCUUCAAGCACUGCAACACGUGGUGCCCCAUCUUGGACCGCAAAACCAUCUUCGGGACCUUCUUUGGCGCCACGUCCCUCGAAGAGCCCGACCGCGUGCUGCUGCAUGCCAUUGUGGCCACGACGCUGCGCUUCUCCAAAGACGCCCGCCUGACGCCCGAGGCCCGCGAGUACUACCACACCUCGUCGAGCCAGGUCGUGCGGCUGUACGCGAUGGACCACAUCACCGUGCCGGCGCUGCGGGCGCUGGUGAUUGUCAGUCUCGACGAGUUUGGCACGUCGAGCGGGCCGCGGGCAUGGAACCUGCUGGCCAUGGUAGCGCAGAACGUGCGGCAGCUCGGACUGUGCGACGAGGUCAGUGUCUACCUGGCGCCGUCGCCUGUUGACUUGGAACAACAACAGCAACAGCAGCAGCAGCAACAGCAGGCGGCGGGGGACAGCGACACAAACGCGUUGUCGUCGCCUGGUCCCCGCCCCAUCCACCAGAGCAAGCCCGACUCGUGGAUCGAGGACGAGGGCCGGCGCCGGUUGUGCUGGGUCGUCUACCUGCUGGACCGGUAUGCGACCGUCUGUGCCGCCACGACGACAUCGCUGACCGGCGCGGGUGGCGGCUUUCUGCUCGACGACGCGGCCAUGCACCGCUUCCUGCCCUGCUCCUACGAUCUCUUCUCCCGAAACGUGCCCGUCGAGACGCGCUCGUCCUACGUCUGGUCGGACCUGGGCAGUGAGUAUGCUGCUGCCGCCGGCACGCCACACAUGCCGCACAUGCCGCACAUGCCGCCGUCGACGCCGCUCUCGGAAACGGCCUCGUCCAUGGCCAACAAGGCCGAGCACCUCGGCAGCUUCUCGUACCACUGCAAGCUCCUGCGCAUCCUCAGCCGCAUCCACGACUUUUUGCGCCAGCCCGUCGACAUCAACUCGUCGGCCGACAUGGCCCGCUGGCGCAACACGUACCAGGCCCUCGACGCCACCCUCGACGGCUGGCUGCGCGGCCUGCCCAGCGAGUUCAGCAAGAUCUCGGCGCUGUGCCACUCCGACCCGGCCUCGCGCGUCGCCAACUGGUUCAUGCUCCACAGCGCCUACGUGACGGCCGUCGUCCGCCUGCACGCCCCCGCCGCCUACCCGACCGCCCGCUCCACCCUGUUUAUGCCCUCGCAGUACGCCGUCCAGCGCUGCCUCUCGGCCGUCCACUCCCUGGCCGACAUUGCCCGCGACCUGCGCGAGGCCAACGGCCUGGACCUGCUGGGCCCGCCCUUUGCCUUUUCGCUCUGGAUCGCCGCGCGGGUCUUGCUGGUGCAUGCCUCGGUCCAGGAAGCGCCGGGCCAGAGUGCGGUUGGAGGGCUUGGAGGGGUCGGCAGCGGCGGCGGAAACGGAAGCGCUGCCCAGCCGCUCGAUAGCCACGCCCGCAUCGACUUCUUUAUUGAAACUCUCCGCCAUGUCGGCCGCCACUGGGCCGUUGCCAACCACUACGCCGCCACCCUGGCCCGUGUCGCCCAGCGCGGGCGCCAGGGUCAGAUCACGUUUAGCAACAUGCGCCGCAGCGCCUACGACCUGCUGGCCCUGACGUCCACGUCGCGCCAGUCUGGGGCCGAGCCCAUGUCGACGCAGGUGACGUCGCUCUGUGAGCUCGACAACAUCGACGUCUUUUCCUUCUUUGUGUAUCCGCGCAUGGUCGACGACGACGACGGCAGCACCACCGCACGCGCAUCCAUGUCGGCCUCCGUUAUGGCACCCUCCAUGGCGCCCAGCAUGUCCUCCCUGGGCAACACGAGCAACCCCGGCAGCAGCAUCGGCGGCCUCGGCAUGAACAAUGUUCUCCGGACGCCCAUGCCGCCGUCCGUGAGCAUGCUGCCGGGCAGUCCGCACCGCGGAUCGUCUGUGUUUUAA